AUGAACGCCAUACAAGAAAGAAAUGAGCAACGAAAUCAAAUAGAACAACUAGUGAGAGCAAACCAAGAAUUGAAACAUCAUCUCGAUGUAUCCAAACAAGAAGUACAAAAUUACUUACAGGACAUCCAACGAAUGGAAAAUCAAAUCAAGGUCAUACCAACUCUCGAGACAGAGUUAAUUAAAAAAGAAGAAUCCAUCAAAAUACUUCAAAGAGAAGUCGAGUUUGGAAAGAGCAUGUCAGAAAAAACAGUGAAUGAUCUUAAAGAGAGUGUCAAGAAGGAACUCUCUUCCAAGUCAGAGCUCGUGACAAAACUGAAUAUCAUCUCCAACGAAAAACUCGACAUGGAAAUGAUGAUCAACAAGUUACAAUCUCAAAAUAACAUAAUUCUAAAGGAAAAUGAAGAACAAUCGAUCAAGUUAAAGGACUUGACAGAGGAGUUGAUGCAAAUGACCAUUGAAAAGAAUCGAUUGGAAUCAGAUCUCAAAACAUCAAACACAGUGUUAAGGGAUCAAUUAUUUGACUCGAAGAAACAACACGAAACAGAUACUCACCACUUCAAGGAGCAAAUUAAAGCACUCGAAGCUAAAAUAUACUCUCUGAAGGAAUAUAAUAAUAGUAGAACUAUUCAAUUAGAGGAGGCACUCCUUACCAAGAAGAAGAUGGAAGAACAAUUACUAGUCAUUCAAAAGAAAUAUGGAACAUUUGACACGGCUUCGUUAGAAACAGAAUUGGAAAAACGAGUGAAACAAGUUUACGACUCUCUCAUCUGGAGAAAUUGCUUGUUCAGAAGGAGUCUGAUCUUCAAGAUUGAAAUUCAAACCUUAAAGAACAAAUUGGAAGAGAAUGAAUACUCACUGAGUUCCAUCAAGUCGAAUCUGGAACAUUGUAUCGAUGAGAGAAAACGAUUAAGAGAAGAGAAUCAGGUUUUAUUAUCACAUAAUAGUAAGAAAGAAGAUGUCAUUCGUAAACUACGACAAGAUUUACAAGUACUAUCGAUGGAAAAAGAAUCCAUCCUUACAGAAAAGGAAAAUCUACAAUUGGUUCUAAAGAGAACUCUAGAAUCUGGAAGCUGUGUUCAAGAUGAUCUUUCUCAGGCAAAACUUGAAAUGAUGGAUUUGAGAAGAGAGCGUGAUGACAUGGAAAUUAAGCUCUUGGGAUGUGAACAAAAGAUUUCUAGUCUUGAAGAAGAACUUCAAAACAAGGCCUUAUUGAUUUCUGAUUUGAGAAAUAAUAAUGAACUUGUGCGAAAGGAAAAUGUCAUUAACAAAUUAGAAGAGAACUUGAAAAAACAACUGGAAGAGAAUCGAGUGAAUCAAGUAGAAAUAACCAAAUUGAGAACAGAGAUCAUCUCUACCAAAGAAAAUAUGAGAUUAGAAUUGAAUGAGGUAGAGAACAAGGCAAACCAAUUCAAAAAGUUGUACAGUGAAACUUUGACCGAGCUUGAGAGUUCUAGAAAGGAAUUUGCUCAUAUUUAUGAACAAAAUCAAUUAUUGAAUGAAGAAAUGAUCACUUUCAAGAACGACCUUAAUGAAAAGACCAUCCUGUUGAAACGAGCGAAGGAAAUAUCAAGCUCCACAGAAGAAGCAUUCACUGAAAAAACAAGACAAAUGGAUGCACUUGUGCAAUCGAUUGAGAAUGGUGAAAAGAAGUUAAGAGAAUACAUUGACAAGAAUGCUCUUCUGCAAAACACCAUUGAUCAUCUCGAGAAACAAAUUGGCAGAUAUCAACAAGAGUUAUCAAACUCAAAAGAAGAUUUAGAAAGAAAGAUGGGAGAGUACAAUCAUUUGGCAUUGCAAACGAAAUUGCAACAAGUCGAAUUGGAGAAUCUCAAAAAGAAUAUUGAGACUACCAAUGAACGAAUGGAACAGUUGGAAAAAGAAAACAAAGAAAUCUUGAUGGAAAAAGAAUCACUUGUCACCUCCUAUGCACAAGCUCAAAAAGAAACAAAUUCUAUACAACAAAAUGUCUCAGAAAUGAAUCAAAGGAUUUCCGAGUAUAGAGAACAAACAAAAGAAAUGGCUGAGCAAAUUCAAAAAGACCAAGAUGAACGAGAAAUAUUUAUUUCAAGAAUGAAAAGAUUCGAGAGAACCAUCAACGUUCUAACAUCUGAGAAAGAAGCGAUCGAAAAACAAGUGCAAUCACUAGCAAACCAAAUCACAGAAAAGUCCUCCAUGUUGGAUUAUCAGGAACAACGAUUGAGGCAAACAACAGAAGAACUUGAACGAUUGCAAUCGGAAAAUAAUUCUAUUAGAAUGGUAAACAACGACUUGAAGGGACAAAUUGUAAAGCUGAAUGAAGAAAAACGUAAAUUUAUCAGAACCAUCACUGAAUACGAGACGGAAUUGGACAGAGUUAGAAAAGCUCAUGACAAAACUAGCAAAGAGCUCAAAGAAAUGCUAUCUGACUUUGUUUUCCACAACAGGUAA